GUUUGGCCAUCCCAAUUUCACAGUGGACAUAACUAUGAGACCUUUUCUUGCUCUGUUCUUCCUCUGUUCCUGCUUUGCUUACCUUACUGUUGAGGUCUCAGCAACUACAAUAUCACUCUACAACAAAUGCUUGCACCCAGUAUGGCCAGGAAUCCAACCCAGUGCAGGCAAGCCCAUUCUAGCAAGAGGUGGGUUUAUGCUCAACCCCAAACAAGCUUACUCCCUCAGAGUCCCUGCAGGCUGGUCAGGCCGCAUCUGGGGUCGCCAUGAGUGCUCCUUUGAUGCCUCUGGCAAAGGCCUCUGCGCAACUGGAGACUGUGGUGGUUCUCUCUACUGCAAUGGCCUUGGUGGGGCACCACCUGCAACCCUCGCAGAGAUAACAUUAGGAGAACAAGAUUUCUAUGAUGUAAGCCUUGUUGAUGGCUACAACUUGGCUAUUGCAAUCACCCCAUUUAGGGGAAAGGGUAGAUGCAGCCCUGCAGGGUGUGUUAGUGAUCUGAACCGAAUGUGCCCAGUUGGGUUACAAGUAAGGUCUCAAGACAAUCAGGUUGUGGCUUGCAAGAGUGCUUGUUUUGCUUUCAACUCUCCCAGGUACUGUUGCACUGGAAGCUUUGGGAACCCACAGACUUGCAAGCCCACUGCCUAUUCUAGAAUCUUCAAGACAGCUUGUCCAAGAGCUUAUUCUUAUGCUUAUGAUGAUCCAACUAGCAUUGCUACUUGCAGUGGUGGAAACUACUUAGUAACCUUUUGUCCUCACCAUUAAAGUAAAGGAAAAGACAAGUCAAAAGCUAUUAUUUGGCUUUGGGAUUAUUGAGUUCCCCUCUCUUCAUAUGUGCCAUUAGAAGCUUAGACUUUAAUCUAUUAUCUGCUAAUCUUGUACCUACAGUUUGUCUACUACAGUGAUAGUAUCAAGUAAUUUCAUUAUUAGUGAGCUAUUAAAGAAGUUUAUCUG